UUCCUUAUCAAACCCAAAACGUUCAAAGUUCAUUCCCUACUUCAUCAAUUUUGAUUACGGUUGACUACAUAUAUCCCAAAUUUUUAAAAGAUUGCCAAAAUGACCUCCACAGGUCUCUUGGUUGUGUCCAAUGUUAAACAAAUCGGUGCAUCUUUGCGUGCUAUAGAGAAGUAUGUGGGUAAAAUAUAUAUACAUCUUAACAUUCCGGUGGAAAAAUGUCAACCAAUGCCAACUUGGGGCCAUUUGAUAUCUCAAAUGUACGCAGAUAACAGCCGGUUUUGUAAUCAGAGCUUUAAAAUGAGCAUUUUGGUGGGGUCCUUACGGGAUCAGGGAAUAAAUGCACUUCAAAUAAAACCCGUUGAUAUGCUAUUUUGUGAUAGUCACUAUCCUGAACUUUGUGAACGAAUGCGUGAACAUUUAAACAUACCUGGUCCACCGAUUUACUUAGAGCAAGAAUCAAAUUCGACCACAGAUGUUGGUGAAUAUCAGGACUUUAAAGAUGCUCAUAAGAUGUAUGACACAGUAGUAGUUGGUGGAACUUUUGACCGCAUACAUGUAGGGCACAAGAUAUUUUUAACGCAGGCUGUAAUUCGCUGCUGCCGCCGGCUAGUGGUGGGUGUUACGACAAAACAAAUGAAUAAAUCCAAAACUCUUUCGGAGUUGAUAUUACCAGUGGAAAAGCGCAUCGAAGAAGUACGUGGAUUUCUGACGGAAAUUGACUCUAGCUUACAAUACGAAGUCGUUCCUAUUGAUGACCCAUUUGGGCCAACCCAAUCCGAUCCAAAUAUGGAUUUGAUUGUAGUGAGUGCGGAAACCGAAAGAGGCGGCCAUAAAGUGAAUGAGCUGCGAAUCAAAAAUAAUUUACGGCCGUUAGAAAUAUAUUGUAUAAGCCUCGUUGAAUCAAAUGACACGGGUGUUGGUCCAAAAGAAAAGAAAGUAAGCUCAAGUAAUACACGUGUCGAUCUAUUGGGAACUAGGCUAAGACAGCCAGAGCCACGACCCAACCUACCUGGGCUGCCAUAUAUUAUUGGUCUUACCGGUGGUAUAGCUUCUGGAAAAAGCAUAAUGUGCAAUAGACUGCUGAAAAAGGGUGCACAAGUAUUGGAUUGUGACAAGAUUGCGCAUGAGAUUUACGAGCCAGGUCAAGUUUGUUACACAAAAAUAAUUAAUCAUUUUGGCAAUGACAUUUUGGACUCAGAAGGUCGAAUUAAUCGUCAAAAACUUGGGGGAAUCGUAUUUAAUGAUCCUAAGCAAUUAGAAUCGUUGAACAACAUUGUAUGGCCAGAGCUAUUGCUAGAGGUUAAGCGACGAAUCCGCAUUGCUCACGCCCAGCAUAAAUAUAAUAUCAUUGUAAUCGAAGCGGCAAUAUUAUUAAGAGCUGGUUGGGAUUCUGAAUGUCACGAGGUAUGGUCAACUAUUGUAACCCCCGAACUGGCUGUACAACGUAUUAUGCAACGGAAUGACUUAAGUGAAGAAGAAGCACGUAAGCGUAUUGCCAGUCAAAUGGAUAACAGUGAGGUCGUAUCCAAAUCACACAUUGUUUUUAGUUCGCAAUGGUCAGACGAAUUUACCCAGGAGCAAGUAGACAAAGCAUGGUCAAUAUUAAUGCAAGAUAUUAAGCAACGGAUAAAAGACUAUUUUUCUGUGGGCAAUAGUUCCAGCAACAGUUGAUUUUGAUGCUCAUUCAAAACAUUUAGUUUUAAAUAAACGAAGGCUCCUUUGGAGAAAAAUAGGCGAAUUUAUGCAAAAUAGUGGUUAUUUGGGAAAGGAUGAUGUACGAAAUGUUUAUAAAAACGAGAAUGCCGUUUUUUUUUUUAAUAAAACUAGUACUCUUUAAUAUUGCCUUUUUAUAUCAAAGACAAAAUUAGAAGGUAGGACGUUUUAAUAAAGAAAAUAUAGGAAUAAAAUA